AUGUUGGCCCCAUUUGUGAUGGGUUGUGCGUACAGGACCCUUAAAAAUUCUAAAAUUAACCCAUCCACGGAAACAGUGAGGGUCUUAUUACUCUCAAAUUAUGUUAAUACCACACUUUCUGAUAAUAUUUCUAAUUUGGGUGUAUGCCUAUUGUCUGCGCUCGUAGAGGUCACAACUUUUGAUAGAGCUUUUGACUCUAACGAUUUCAAUGGCAUUUGA